AUGUCAGAUCAUGAAACUUAUGAUAAUAUUGAUGCAGGAGCAUCUCAAACUUAUCCUGUACAAGCAGGCGCAAUUAAAAAAAAUGGCCAUGUUAUGUUGAAAGAACAUCCAUGUAAAGUUGUUGAUUAUUCAACUUCUAAAACUGGUAAGCAUGGUCAUGCAAAAGCCCAUAUUGUAGGUAUAGAUAUUUUUACUGGAAAAAAAUAUGAAGAUAUAUGCCCAACUUCUCAUAAUAUGGAUGUACCAGUUGUAAAAAGAACUGAAUUACAAUUAAUUGAUAUUACUGAAGAUGGAUUUGUAUCAUUACUUUUUGAUAAUGGUGAUACAAAAGAUGACUUAAGUUUACCUAAAGAUUCAGAAGGUAAUUUUGACGAUGUUGCUAAACAAAUUCGAAAUUUAUUUGAUAGUGGAAAAUCAGUAUUAGUAAGUGUUCUUUCAGCUUGUGGACAAGAAAAAAUUAUUGCUGCUAAAGAAAUGGCAUCAUAA